GGAUUUUCCAUUCAACGGGCAGUAGACAACAGCCCCCCUUCCGCCUGUUACCCUUCAUUGGGGUCAAACUGGCACAUCCCAUUUCAGGUCUUGCCGGCGCUCAGGCCUCCUACUUUCCUCUUCAAUCUCCACUAGCCCUUCCCUGUCGACCGUGAUUGUUGCAAGACAGAUCUCCAAUCCUCUCCUUCAAGUGCGGCUAGCUUGCUGCUUGCUUAUCAGCUCGUGCAAGUCAAAAUUCUCGCUCAGAGUGCACGAUCUCAACCGUCUAGAAAAACCUUAUCGUUGUUCCCGAGGGUGUUUUCGCUGUGUGUUCACGUGGUGAGGUCGCAGCGUGCCGAUGAAUCUAGCUUCGGGUGGGAACGGUGGCUCCCGGAGUUGAGGAGAGUGGAACUACAACAGCAGGCGGGACGGAGAUCGUUUAGUUUUGGAGGGGAAGUUGCGCAUCAAUUGUCGAGAGAGCUUAGCGGAUGGCAGUGACGAUGGAGGUUGCGUGGAGAGGUGCAGCGUUGGGCAACAGUCCAGUUGUGUUAAGCAAGAAGCGCGCGUGGGGUGCAGAUGCGGAGAAAUUGAUGCAGCUGAUGGUGGGUCAGCCUGGUAGCUCCUCCGUGACAAAGCCGGAGGAGGUGACGCUGGACUUGCUGGGGAUGGCCGCUGCAGUUCCCACUUCGCCUUCCACCGCAGUGACGGAAUUGCUCCAGGACUCGUCUAUGGCGUUGCCGGAGCUCGACCCUGAACUGCCUCUACCCUCUGGUUGGGAGAAGUGCCUUGACCCAAAGGUAGGAGAACUUUACUUUGUCAACAGGAGCACGGGCGUGAGGACAAACGAGGAUCCACGGAAGCUGCAGAAGGAAGCAGCGUUGAUCUCGGAAGAGCUGACACCUUCACCUCUUGCGCACGAGUUUCUUUGCAGCAAGAGGUCGGAGAUACUUCGAGAAGAGAGCUUGAGAGACUCUACACUGUCCGAGUCCUCCGGAGGUGCGAGUCCUCGAGACAACGGACCCCUGCAACUGCUUUCCUUUUCAACUGGUAAGCAGCAAUGGAAUCUACAGCUGGACGGCCGCAGCACCCCUAGCCUCAGCACGAUGGGUGGCAGCCCCGGAGUGGCUCCUUUCCUCAACUUCUUCGACAAGGAAGAUUCUAACCUAGAGCUGAAUCUGAACCUCUCCGCCGGACGUGACUCCCCCCGACGCCACCGUCAGCAACAAACCGUUUGCACGAUGGAGAUGGUGCAAAGGGCCCUGAAGAGAACGGAGAAGGUCAUGGGGAAAUGUGAAAUGCCCAUCGCCUCCUUCGAUCUAAAGCACUCGGGAUCCACCUCUUCUCUCACCUCAAUUCGCUUUGAGUCCUCCUGGUCCUACUCCUCCCCUUCAACCAGCAGUGCAAGCUCAACAUCGUCUAGAUUCCAAGGCGUUUGCGGCGCAGUACCUGUCUUAGACGGUCCUCACGGUUUGAGAUCCUCCGGUCUAAGGCUAUGUGAGGCGGAAAGCAAGAAAAACGCGCUAGUAAUGGGGGCCUGCACACAGUGCCUUAUGUACGUGAUGCUGAACAGGAGCAACCCCAAGUGCCCGCGCUGCCAGAGCGAAGUGCCGCUGGACUUCACUUCGCCUCCAUCGCCAAAGAGACAACGCCCAGACACGACGACGGUCCACACAUGAGGCAGUCUUGCUGUCCAGGAUGAUCAACCAUGAGCUAGUAUUAAAAUAAUAAAAAAAACACAACAACAACAACGACGACGACGACGACGACAACCGCGGAAUGGCUCUAAUUCCUUGUAAGGAAGGCUCAGAUGCUAUCGACAAGUCGAGGAGGCCAGGUCGGCGACGAUCUGUCGCUCUGGGCGAGAAGAUGGGGCGUGCAACAAUCGUCUCUCUCCGUCUUCUGAUGUACAUUGUAAAUUUCUAGCUAGUACGAUAGAAAAUACGUUGCCCGCGCUGCAACUUAACCAGCGGCAGCAAUCUGUACCAUAACAUUACUCAUGCUACAAGCGAUGGAUCAUCCCCAUAACAAACUCAACAAUUCGCUGUGCA